AUGAAUGAAAUUAUUUCUUCUCUUCUCUCCCUUCCUCAUUCUUAUUCUUCUUAUUUUAUUCUUCUCUUUUUUCUUUUCUUUCUUCUUCUCUUUCUUCUGUUGCUUAUUCCUUUUCUUCUGUUUUUUUCGUUUUCUUCUUAUUUUUUCUUUUUCUUCUUCAUUUUCCUCUCCAUAUUCUUCUUUUUCUUCUUUUUGCUUCUUUUACUUCUUUUUCUUCUUUUUCUUUUUCGUCUUUUUUCUUCUUUUUCUUCUUUUUCUUUUCUUUUCCUUUUUAUCUUUCUUAUUCCUCUUCUUAUUUUUAUUUUUCUUCGUCUUUUUUUUUCUUUUUCCUCUUCUUUUUUUCCUCUUCUUUUUUCUUCUUUUUCUUUUCUUUUGCUUUUUAUCUUUCUUAUUCCUGUUCUUUUUUCUUCUUCUUCAUAUUCUUCUUCUUCUUCUUCUUCUUCUUCUUCUUCUUCUUCUUCUUCUUCUUCUUCUUCUUCUUCGUUUUCUUCUUUUUCUCCUUCUUCUUUCUCGUCAUCUUAUUUUUCUUUUCAUCUUAUAAUUUAUUCUUCUUUAUUUUCUUCUCUUCUUCUUCUUCUUCUUCUUCUUCUUCUUCACGCACUACCUGCGAUAGUUUUUUCUCUACUACCAUAUAUCUAUCUAUCUAUCUAUCUAUCUAUCUAUAUAUAUAUGUCUGCACAUCUGUCUCAGUCUGUUCAUAUCUAUCUAUCUAUCUAUCUAUCUAUCUAUCUAUCUAUCUAUCUAUCUAUCUAUGUCUGUCCAUUGUCUCAGUCUAUAUCUAUCUAUCUAUCUAUCUAUGUCUGUCCAUUGUCUCAGUCUAUAUCUAUCUAUCUAUCUAUCUAUCUAUCUAUCUAUCUAUCUAUCUAUCUAUCUAUCUAUCUAUCUAUGUCUGCACAUUAUCUGUCUCAGUCUGUUCAUAUCUAUCUAUCUAUCUAUCUAUCUAUCUAUCUAUCUAUCUAUGUCUGCCCAUUGAGUUCACUUCGGGGAUCUAUCUAUCUAUCUAUCUAUCUAUCUAUCUAUCUAUCUAUCAACAUUUUUCCUAUCUAUCAUAAUAUGUCCAUAUCUAUCUAUCUAUCUAUCUAUCUAUCUAUCUGUCUACGAGGGGACAAAAAUUUAGUUUAUCUUAAUGAAUGGUUAAGAAUCAGAAUUAAGAAAUGUAGCCUAAUCUCUUAUUCAAAAAAAAAAAUCUGUGUCAACAUUUUUCCUAUCUAUCUAUCUAUCUAUCUAUCUAUCUAUCUAUCUAAUCUCUGA